CACACUCCACCUUCACCUCUCCAAGAGCAUGUCGAGCGGAAACAACCUGAGCUGCGACCCGCGAGCGCCACCUAACACUCCAUACUAUUUCGUGGAUAACAGGUCAAUUAUUGUGGCUCUAGGUGUACGUCAGGAUCAUCAGCUUUUUCAAGGUUGACUCACCAUGCAGUAUCGAUGGCAUCGGCAAGGUUGGAAACGGCAUUUUCGUCCUCUCAGCAUUGCUUUUGCAUUCUGGAUCUUCAUGGACGUCAUUCAGAGCCUUGCCCAUGCCCUUUCGCUUCGUUGGGCCGUUCUAGGCAGAGUGGAUCAGGGUGGGGAACACUGCAUUGCCCAAGGGGUACUACAGCAGUUUGGCAAUACAGGGACGGCCAUAUCGGCGUUAUUAGUAGUCCUACUGGUCGUUGGAUAUUAUUGUCGCGUCAAGUGGAUCGAAGAAAACCCAGCAACAGUGUCAUGUUGUUUGCUUGCUUUCCUGGUCACGUUCUUGAUUACCCUCAUCGUCCCACCCGUCAGUGUGAUAUCGAACUUGUAUGGGAACACUGGGCUUUGGUGUUGGAUAGUCCAUAGCGAUCCUUUAAACUCCAGGCUCCAACUCGGCACCUGUUAUGUAUUAAUGUGGCUUGCAGCACUCAUAUCGUUACUGGGAUAUGGUUAUGUGCUCUUGGGGACCCUCAACAACCCUGACCCAAAAAUACAGGAGGGAAGCGACAGCAUUAUCCUUCCCUCCUACACGGUGGAGGAGGCAUGGGGAAUGAUGUGGUAUUCUCUUGCGUAUGUUCUUGAGGUGACGCCGAUAAGUGUCAUUCGACUGGUGCAGUUCGGCACGAAUGGUCCUUGUCCCGGGGUGGGACCUGGGUGGCUGAUAUUCGCAAUCGCCUUGUACAGCGCCUCAGGCCUUAUCAACACUAUUCUUUGGUUGACAACCGGACGCCGAUUCGGAUUUUCGACCGAACAGGAACGAAGAAAACCUUAUGGGCCACAUGCACAGCACCCUUGACCGUUCUGUUCUGUCUUUCGCACGCUGCUGCAGUAUCAUAAAUUUUAGACGGUAGAGAGAGGGGUCGAGUAGAGAUGAUUGGCACCGAGUGAGCAAAACUGCGUUCCUUUACUACUUUAUCCUCUACGUGAGGGUGACAGCUUGGGGCUGCCUCGAGAUUGAAAUUCUUU